AUGGAUAAUGAAAUUGAAAAAGACAAAUUCAAAUCAACAGUAAAUGAUUUAGAAAAUAAUUAUGACGAUCAUCUAAAUGAAAUGCUUCCAAAACUCCACCGAGGUGACAUUGCAUCAUCCAAUCGUACGCUUGGGUUAAUAGACUCUGUAAUGGCUACUUCUGCGACGUUUCUUAUUAUACCUAUAAGAAAUUUGAAAAAAUUGAAAGAUGGUGAAGAUUUAAGUGAUUUUUUUUUUGAAAAUCGAUUGGAAUUUGUAAUGUUUUUCUUGGGCUUUGCAGUGGUAUUGACAAUAUGGGAAAAUAUUAAUAUUCGAGCCAUGGUAAUCAAACGUGUAGAUGAUCUUUUUUUGUUUUUCAUUUGCUUGGAGAUGUUAGCCACCACUGUUCUGCCGUUUUCAAUAGCUCUGCAAGGUCAUUAUCCUAGCGAAGUUUCCUCCAUUUUACUUACCUGCUUUAUUAUAGGAUUUAUGAAUGUGAACGACAUUAUUUUAAGUAUCUACGCAAUGAAAACACCCAGAGUUUUGCACGUCAUGAUGCAAAAGUGGACCAAACCUCAUUUGAACAGAUUUCAAAACUGUUUUAUAGUAAAACCUGUUAUCAGUUUGAUGUUAGUAUCUCUUAGUGCUAGUUUUUGCGUUCUAAACUAUGCGGUGUCUUGGUUUAUUCUUUCCUUACUUAUUAUGAUGCCAGUAAUCAAUAAAUGUUACUAUUUUAUUCGGAGAAGAAUAAUGAAACCAACUGAUUUAGAAUGCUGUCGUUUUUAUUACUGUUUUACAAAAGGUAACAUUUCAAAAGAGCGUAUCGAAACAAUGAGUGACGCGGCAGUAGCAAUAAUUGCAUGUAUUUUGAUCUUAGAUAUAACGGUUGAAGAUUUCCCCUUUAAAGAAAAAGUUUAUCAGUUCGGACUAAACUAUGAGUUAAAUAAAAUGCACCCGUUUGCAUGUCUCUGUCCUUUAGCUGGCAAUUUAGUUUUGAAGCUAUCUACGGCAGGCAAUAAGAACUCCAAUCACGCUAUACGAAUUUCUGCUCUAAUAAUUUUUUUUUCAAGUUCAGCGAACUUAUUAAUCUUGUUAUACGGCUUGUUUUUUGGAAAGAGAUAUUUGCAUCCUUGGGCAGUAUUUGGAUGCUUUAAAGUUAACGCGCGGCAGCAUUUGUACACUAUACUUAAAGCAUUUAAUUUACCAUUUUGGUCUUUAGUAUGCGUUCUGGGAACUCUCGGGUCACCAAAUAUAGCCCUUUAUUCUAUGUACGCGUGUUAUAUUGGCUCCGUUGUUACAACUUUUUCAUCAAAGUUGCUUUUUAUGAAUAACUUUGGUAAAAAAUCGUAUGCUCACGAGCUUCAAAAUUUGGAUACUGGUUGCACGGAACCAACCAAAAUUGACCAGAGAGACUAA